AUGUCCGCGACAGCUAGGACAUCCCAGGGUCAGACUCCGUGCUCCAAGUGUCGAGGUGAUAGGCUACGUCCGACGUGUACCCGAUGCAAAGAAAAAGGCUGGAUCUGCAAGCCAAUUCGCCGCAAGUCGCCGUUCCGUCAGGGGUCCACGGCUGGAUUGGACGCCAGUUUUUCCGGGAAUCAGGUUUGGGUGAGCAGUGCGCCUAAGCGGUGGAGACCACUCUUCAGACAGGAGCAGAUCUCCGACGGAUUGGAAGGACCGACGUGCCACGCGGGGCAGGGGGCUUACUCAGAAGCCAAUGGGGGGCUCUUGUUCUCGCCAGACACAAGUGUUGCAGCAUGGGCACAGAGUGGCUCGUCAUCCUUCGGUUCCCCCAAAACUCGCAUGAGUGAUAACAACGUACAAUGCGAGGUGGAGACUGGCGUUCUAGCCACAGAGCGUGGUACUUUGAUGGAGCGCUCGACUUCGUGGCGUUUGCCAGGAUACAAUAGGCCCAUCGAUGCGUUUUCGCUCACGGCUGGCCACGGAUUCGGCGAAGUCGCCCAUCCUGAAGCACUCCACCAAGAACCAACCAAGCUCCCAUCGAGUCUCACCAGGCCUGGCAAGUCCCAACGCGGUCACAGCAAUGAGUCGCCAAGGCAUCUUGAUCCAGAGAAAUCCCUCCGGGAAGCUUGUCUACUUCGUUAUUAUAUCGAAGAGAUUUCUCCCUGGUUUGAUCAUUGUGAUCAUUUAAGGCACUUCCGAUUAGAAGUUCCCCGACGUGCACGACACUGCUCCACCAUCCGUAACGCAGUUUUCGCCGUGUCGGCACGGCAUUUAGUUCGGCUUCCCCGAUAUAGGACGCCGCAUGGUAUUCUAUAUCACGGACAAUUAAUCCGCGACAUGGAAGAUGCCACCGCAGUGGAGUAUACACUACGUUGUAUACCUGAUCUUGUCAAGUUCCCGGAAUCAACCGAUCCCGUAAAUCAGGAGAAUAUCAUGGUUGCUGCAGUGAUUCUCCGCCAAUACGAAGAGAUGGAUGAAGACAUGGAGGACGAUGGACUUCUCGGAGAUACUGCAGCUCAUAACAGAGUCAACUUUCUGGCCAUUACCCAAACUAUCAUCGAGUCCAUGAUGUCGCAUCGCCUCGAACAGUCGCUUGCCACGGCGUCGUAUUGGAUUGCUGUCAGACAGGAGGUGUACUAUGCUCUAACAAGAGAACGUGCACCCAUCAUGCAAUUUCAAUUAGAAGACUGGAGGACGGCGUCGGUUGCUAACAAUUUCAUCAUGCUUGCUAGCGAAGUGACGAAAUGGUUCUGGGAGGAUCAAUCAGUCGAUGAAUGGGAGCGACUUUCGUUGCGCGAGCAGGAGCUUGCGAGUGCAUAUCGAAGCGAUCUAGCACCUAUCCUCGAGAGACGAGCGGAAAAGCUACAGGGUCAGAUCUUUCCAGCCAUCUGGUACAGCUCUGAGGAUCAAGUCACAGCAAGCCAGCAUCUUGAGCUGUCUCGAAUGAUCUUGACCGCCGAAAAUCCGCACCUGAAACACUCAACCCGUGCAACACAACGCAGGACAGAGUCACAAGUGCGCGCAAUCGUUCUGAAAAUCUGUGGAAUUGCUUUGAAUCACAUGGAUUGCAAGCCAGCCUUGGUCAAUGGUGUUAUUGCGGUGACCCUGUAUGGCGAGUAUUUUACGGAGCCGGAGGAACGCGAUGCUUUGGUAAGAGAAAUCAUCAAUCGAGCCCAAGACCUGAACGCGUGGCCGAUGCAAAAGCGGCAUGAGCGACUGAAACAGCGAUGGCGGUUGAUGGACGGCGAGGAGAUUUGA